AUGUCUGGGCAUCUCGUCUACAGCUUGUGGAUGGGAGCAUCUUUCAAUUGUAUGGUACUUGCAUUCGAUAGAUUUGUGGAAAUGGUACCAGCAGCUAAUGUCUUGAAAUUUCUUUUUCGGGGAAAACUCUUGUAUAUAUGGAUGCUUCUAUCUUUUUUGUAUAUGCUUAUUGUAUGGUUUGUUCUAAGACCUAUUACUUUCAACACAGUUGUUUCCGCAUUCAUCGGAACUCCCCUGAUUGUCGAUUAUGAAACUGAGUACUAUCAUUAUACCUCAUUUUACUUGGUAAUCCACAACUCUACUGUAGUUAUAGCGUUAGUAACGCUCUAUUCUAUUCUCUAUUACUAUGUCAGAUACGCCUUACGUAGAGGGGGAAAUAUUGACGAUAUGCCGAUUUUUAUCCAAGUUUUCUUUGUUUGUACGUCUACGGGGACCACCGCAAUUCUUUACGUAUUAUUAGAAUUAUUAGCUGUUCCAAGAACUGUGGUUAUUGCAGCGCACGUAGUCUGGCAGCUCAGUCAUGGUGUUCACGGUAUCGUCUACUUACGCUUCAAUAAGCACAUACGCAAAGCAGUGUUCGCCUUAUUCGGUAAAGCUAAUACUAACGAUCAUUCUACAAAUGCAAUCUUCCCGUCGAAAUCGAGGAAAUAG